AUGGAGGCAAGUGCUAAUGAACGAAAUUCCACGACAAUCGUGUCGGCCCAGCAGGCUACGGUCGAAGAGCCGUACAGUAUAUCAAGCCGUCUACGGCUUUCAAAAGCGUACCAAGCACUUGGUUAUCCAGAUCUCGCUGCGGGUGAUGCAUACAAAGCCCUCAUCCUAGUGGAUGAAGUACUCGAUGAAGGCGAAUACCACGACGAAGCCUUGGAGGCAGCACGAACAGACGUUAUCUCUGAACGUAUGACAGAAUUGGACAUGAAGGAUGAGGAGAAGAAUUCGUCUUUAGUAGAUGAUGACAUUUUGACAUGGGCGCAAACGCGCUGGUCUAGGAGCGCAAAAGCCUUUCCGGAAGAUCCGGUCUUCAAGGACUACGAGAAGUCUUUGUGGAACCAUUUGCGGACUUACUUCGAGCAUCAAGGGGAGUCUGCUGAGAACGUCGAUGUAGAAGACUAUCCAGACAAGGGCUUCGUCCGCCGCGAACAGUAUCCUUGGAACCAUCAUGAGCCGGACCGCUUCUCUGCAGAGUGCCUCGACUUCCUUAAUGAGGAGCUUGCGGAUAUAGCACCAAAACUGGAGGUCAGAGUCUCUGAGUUGCCUAUUCUCAGUACUACUUCGACAACUGACGGAACGAACCCGGGAACAAACUAUACGAAGCAACUGGGCUUAUUUGCUAAAGACGAAAUAACACCUGGCGAGACCAUUUUGGAGGAAAAGUCUUUACUUACCGCUAUAUCAAGGCUUCAUGAGUCGUAUUGCGAUGCUUGCGUUAUACCACUUGCGAAUGGAGACGAUACAGUGAUAUCCUGCGAAGAAUGUGAAGAAGUAUUCUUCUGCAGCGAAGAGUGCCACGACCUAGCUCAAGACCAGUAUCAUCCAGCGCUAUGUGGUGUCAGCGUCGACCAGGGCAAGGUACCCGCACGUGAGGCGGCAGACUAUCUCUAUACCCUUCUCCUUGUCCGCGCACUAGCGUUAGCGGAGACCCUGGAUCUCCAUCCUUUGGAGUUGAAGGAAGUGCGAUACAUUUGGGGUGACUAUCAUGGCAAAGAUCUCGAGACCGUGUGGCAAGCGGAUGCUUCGGGUAGCCUGAGCGAUGCUUUUGCACACGUACCGCAAACGCUUCCCUUCUCGUUCAAGAGCAACAUACUCAUGCCGUUGCAUGUUCUAGAAAAGAUGGACAUCAACAUUUUCACCCAAAGUCACCGCUAUGAUACCUGGGUCUUCAACACUCUGUAUGCGAAGUUCCGCGGAACAGCGUCUGCGCAGCAGGGGCUCGACGGAAGGCCUGAGAUUAGCGCUGUUCAUCCUAUGUGGUGUCUCGCGAAUCAUAGCUGUGAUCCUAAUGUCGCCUGGGAAUGGCGUGGGUCGAUGCGCUUUUGGACCCGCGAAGAGUUGGUUGAUUGGAAGGGUAGAGACCCGAACAAGGGGCCUGGUCUCAAGAGAGAUGAAGAGGUGUUUGGCCACUACUGCGACGUACGUCUGCCGGUGAAGGAGAGACGGGAAUGGGCUUCUGGAGCACUUGGCGGAGAUUGUAUGUGCGCUAGAUGCGUCUGGGAAGAGGCGGAAGAACGGAAGCACAGUGCUUCGCAAUAA